ACUUUUUUUCUUUAUAUUUCCCACUUCUUUUUUUUUAAAUCACUUAAUCUCACAUAAUAUAAACAAAAAAUGGCUUUACAAGGUGCCGCAUUAAUGAGGGCAACGACCCUACUAGCCGCUGUUGGCUUUUUACUCUUUGGUUACGAUCAAGGUGUCAUGUCAGGUGUGAUUGCAAACGAUAAAUUUAAAGAAACGAUGGGUUUCCCUUCAUCUCCCAUGAUGGGUGCUAUUGUUGCUCUUUACGAAAUUGGUUGUAUGGCUGGUGCUUUAUCCACCGGUCGUAUUGGUGAUAUUUUAGGUCGUAGAAAGACUAUUCGUUAUGGCUGUCUUAUUCUCUGUAUUGGUGCCAUCAUUCAAACUGCUGCUGUCAAUUCCGGUAUGAUGAUUGCUGCUCGUAUCAUUACAGGUGUCGGAAACGGUAUGAACACUGCUACCAUUCCUGUCUACCAAGCCGAAUUAUCCCCACCCAAGUCUAGAGGAGCUCAUGUUGCUUUUGAAGCUUCCUUGUUAACUGUCGGUGUCGGUAUCGCUUAUUGGCUCGAAUAUGGUCUCUACUUUGUCCAAGGUGAAUUUGCCUGGAGAUUCCCCUUGGCUUUCCAAAUGGUCUUCGCCAUCAUUUUAGGUAUCGCUUCUUUCAUUUUACCUGAAUCUCCUCGUUGGUUGCAAGCCCAUGGACAUGAAGAGGAAUGUAAGAUGGUUUUGGCCCGUCUUUGGUCUGAAGGUGAUGUUAACCAUCCUCGUUGUAUUGCCGAACAUAAUGAAAUCAGUGAAGGUAUCGAACUCGAAAGACGUGAAGGUGUUUCCUCUUAUCUCGAACUCUUCAAGAAAGGAAAGAUGAACAACCGUUAUCGUGUACUUUUGGGUAUGGGUGGUCAAUUUAUUCAACAAUUCGGUGGUAUCAAUGUUAUCAGUUACUACUUGACCGAUGUCUUCAUGCAAGCUGGUAUGUCUACUGAAAAGGCCAUGUUGAUGGCCGGUGUUGAUUCCAUUAUCUACUUCAUUGGUUCUGCUACUGCUAUUUUCACUAUUGAACGUCUUGGUCGUCGUUGGCUCAUGUAUGCUGGUUUGCUCGGUCAAGCUGCUACUUUAUUGAUUGUCGGUGGUUGUCAACAUCUCGUAGAAGAGACCUCUACCAAGCUUCCCGAUGGUACUACUCUUGUUGGUAACCAAGCUGCCUCUAAUACUGUUGUUGCAUUUGUCAUGAUCUAUAACUUUGUGUUUGGUGCUGCCUGGUUAGGUUUAGCUUGGUUGUAUCCUUCUGAAAUUUUCUCUACUGGUUUAAGAGCCAAGGGUAACUCCAUGUCCACUGCUGCCAACUGGCUUGGUAACUUUAUUGUGGCAAUGAUUGCACCUGUUCUCUUUGAAUAUGCUAAAUAUUGGACCUUCUUGUUAUUCGGUCUUCUCAAUAUUGUCUUUUUGAUCCCCAUUUAUCUCUGGUACCCCGAAACUAAGGGUAAAUCUCUCGAAGAAAUCGAAGUUUUGUUUGCUACCGAAGAUAUUCAAGAAGAUGCCAAGUCUAUGGCCUCUCAUAUUGGUUCCACUGCCAUGUAUGAUAAGAAUCAAGACAGUCAAUCUCAACUUGAACGUGCUUCUCGUCCCAGCUCUCGUCGUUUCCCUAGUAACUUUUCCGGACGUAACAGUGGUGUCUUUACCAAAGAAAAACCUGCUGUUGACACCGAAGCUGCUAACGUGAAGAAUGAAUACAAGGACAACACUGAAGAGAAGGGACCUAAUUACAAGUAAUUUAACACUCUCUUUUUUUAAUCUCUAUUAUUUUUAUUAUUAUUAUUAUUACAGGGGCGGUGCCCCUUUUUUCCCCCUCUUCCCCCAUUCAAACCAAAUUAUCUUUUACCAAACAACACUAUCUUAUAGUUGUAUAUAUAAUCUCUUUUUUUUUCUCUUCUUCCAUAAUCCCCUUUUUUCAACUUUAUUAAUAAAUCACUAUUCUUUUUUAUUACUAU